ACGCCGACGGAACCUCCGAGCGGCUGUGGGUAUCGCCAAUUCGUGGCCCGUUGCAUACGAGACCCGUGCAUGGCUUUGAGUCUGACCAAUUUCACAAACAUACCUUGUGAAUUUGUCUUCCAUCUUGGUAUUUCCCGAUUCGCGAACAACGACGUCAUAAAACAAAAAAAAAUCCUCUCUCGCUUCACAUCACUUUGAAGUGGGUACAGCCUCAUAUUCAUAAAGAGAAUAGGUCAAUACUAUCCAGCCCAUCAAAUCAAGCAACAUCAACAAAAACAUGAUUUCCAGGACCGCGGCCGGUAGUGCCAUUCGCACUCUCACCAGGACUACUACCCAGAACACCAAGCCCUUGCCCAGGACAUAUUUUCAAGCUCAGUCUCAACUGAGGCAAUACUCUUCUUCUUCGAACCCGCCCUCGGCAACGGGCGUAUUCUACAAGACCUUCACCCGUCCAGUAGCCAAGUGUCUACUCACUGCUUUAUUCGUCUACCAGGUCGUCUACUGGGGAUGGUCAAAGCUGGAGGUUAAUGAGAUCAAAGAGGAGCGCCAGGCUGAGAUAACCAAGCUUGAGGCUCAAGUACGGGCCUUGCAGGUGAAGAAGGAAAAGGAGGCGGAGGCUGCUGCUGCUGCUGCUGCUACCGCCAUUGCUUCGAACACGGGAGCAUCCCCAGAUUCUCAAAAGAAGAAGGGCUGGGGCUGGUGGUGAUGAGGAUGAUGCUGAAGGAAGAUGGCGAGGUGUGGACGUGUCCUUUCGGAGAGACUGAGAGCAGAUAGAUGUCUUAUGCGCACUUCGAGGCUGGGGUGUUCUCGAAAAAUUAGAAUAUCCACUUAUUUUUUUAAUACAUACGGUCGGAAGCAUCUUUGUGCCAGGAAGUACUACCAGUUAUACG